AUGCCAGACUCUGCUCUCACACCAUCACCACAUACAAAUCUCAGCAAACUUUUCUUCCCUCAACUCAAAAAAUAUGUCAAGGUCAACCCUCACGUCAUAGCGCUACCAACACCAUACCUGAAUGGACCAGUAGGCCUGAGAUGUCCUGUAUGUAUGGUUCCAAUGGAAUACAAGAAAGCAAAAGUUGAUUCUUGGCUCAUCGGUUGCCCUACCCCUCAAAACGAACACAAUUGGAAGACCUGGAGAUGUGAUCAACUCAACCAUGAACUUGCCAUGAUCAACCUCGGAACUCCUCGACCAAUUGUCUCCAAACCCGGUGAUUGGGGACCUAGAGUAUCAACACAAGGCGAAAUCCUUGAUGACGUUCCCGCGGCUGCGAACUGCUCUACUGGACGACAUCAUCCAUAUCCUCGCCCUCUCCAAAAACCACACGUUGUUUGCAAACGAGUCAAUGAGGGUUCAUUGUCUCAAAACCAUAAGGACGCCGGAAACAAAGGGUGUCCAUCUCAGUAUUGUCGUGGGUGUUGCACUGAAUUCGGCUCAGCUUUAUGUACCAAACACCCACGCAAAUCUGUGAUUCCGCCUCAGCAACUGGAACUCUUUGGCCAUCAAGCUCAGCCAAUUGCCAAAGCUGCUACGGCCAACUCUCAAUCGGCAGCACAAUCAAGAGCCUCAGCAGCGAGCUCCACCCCUCACCAGUGGGCCCAAUCAUCAAAUUCCAUUGGGCGCCUGGUAUCAUCUCAAAGUAUGGCCCUGAUUCAUCAAAAUCGAAUUGAACGAGAAAAAUCUGCACACCAGCAUUUGAACCGCUUCGACUUAAGCAAAAUGGCCACCAUAUACUUAUGGCUCAAUGCUGUUGAACCAAAAGCUUACACUGCAGUAUUUCCACAGUGGCCUCAAGCAUGUUUUGGCCAAUGCGAGCUUUUGAUGCAGGCAGUGAUGGAAGCAGUUCCACAGUGGAAUCGUGCGCUGAGCUUUUGGGAUGAAAAAAAUGGGGGAUGGUGUGACACACUGGUCCAAUAUCCACACCGCUUCCGAGCCGACCAACGCAAGAUCGUGGCGCGUCUCCAGACGGUUGUAAUCCCCCGAACAGCUACACACCACUCCGUAGCCGCCAUCUUUGCAAAGACCCCCCCAACUUCCGCCUUUUUAUCAACAUCAGAUCUCCCAGCAAUCUGCGAAACUCCCUCUUCACCAACAACUCCGCUUAUAUCUCAAAAAUCCAUACCAGCACAACAAACUGAUUGCUCACUAUCAGUCGCCAAUGCAACAGGCUUUCAAAUGGACACACAAGGGAAGGAUUUCCCUUCGUCAUCAUCCCAAACAUCUCCAUCUCCAUCACCUACCCCAGCCACUCCGCACAUUGAUUUGACCCAGUCACCCAAUGACUCGGCAGAACUCCCAAGUCCCAGUGACCUUUUAUCUGGACCCGUGCAACCAUCUGUUGGGGAUAUUGAAACACGGGAAGAUGAGAUUGAAACAAAUUCAUCAACAACCGAGCUUCAAGGUGGUUGGCCUGGAACGACAGUCCUGGUUUCUACCCUCCUUGCAUGGUAUAAGGAUGCCUUGACUGGCAGACCAAAGCAAAAAUGGAUAGCCCACUUUGGUGGUGAAUGGAAGUUCACUAGCUCCAUGUAUCGUUAUCGCAAAUGGAUCAAAGAGGUUGAUUACGAAGUUAUGUUCAACAGGUUUCAGAGUCAGCCUGAGGCAACUGUAGAUGAGGCUCGUGAUGUUUACAUAGAUGUGUUCAACAAAGUGGCUAGUCUUCAAGGGGGUUCUUCAAAAAGUUAG